AUGUACCGUGAAAAGUCAGGGGCAUGUGUACGCAGGUACACACGUUACACAGUGACUGAUGUGGAAGGGGGCCGGACGCGUGUGCCCGCAGCGCUGCUGGCGGAGAGCAGGCUGACGACGCUGCAGCGGCGGCGCGUGGAGGGCUGCGUGCGGCGCGGGGAGUCCUUGCCGCGGGACGAGCAGCAGGCGAGGGGGCGGCCCGCACGGCGGCGGGCGCGAAGCUGCGUGCCGCUGGGCCGCGCCAAGAGGUCGCGCGCCGCCAUAGAGCAGUCGGGCGCCUACGAGCCGGACAGCUACUGGCCCACCCGGCCCGCAGUGGACCUGGAGAAGGAGAAGCUCAGGCUGCAAGGGCUGAUGGCCUUCGGCAAGGAGCUCCCGCCGUCGCCGCGACGCAAGGCCGCCAAGGGCCGUCGAGAACCGCUCCGGACUCCGGACAGGGAAGCCUGGUUCGACGAGCUGGUGCGCGAGGUGGAGGACCGCGUGCAGUUCCUGGCCGAGAUGAAGGAGCUGGGCGCAGACCGCGAGUACCGGCCCCUCGUGGAGCAGGAGAUCGCGGCCAAGGUGCGCCAGAUGGAGGCCCUGGACGGAGACCGCUGCCGCCGCAUGGACGACCUGGCGGGCCGCUGCCGCCGCCUGUCGCUCGGCCCCACCUCCUGACCUCCCCGACAUCCCCGGCCUCUUUCCACCGUUACAACCGAAAUUAAAAAAAAAUUUCUGAAUAAAGAACGUUUGUCUUGAA